GUUCCGCGCUGGAGAUCUUCAAAGGGAGGAUGCGCUCGCGCUUUGAGCAUCGCUGAGAACGAGCGAGUCGCAUUCACGCAUUCAGAUCUAAAUAAAAGACAACGUGCUGAAAUCAAAGGAAAUCCCAGCUUUGCACGGAAGAUGGCAUCAAAAUGUCCCAAAUGUGACAAAACUGUUUAUUUUGCGGAGAAAGUGACAUCUCUGGGAAAAGACUGGCACAAAUUCUGUCUGAAGUGUGAACGCUGUAACAAGACCCUGAAUCCAGGAGGACAUGCAGAGCAUGAUGGGAAGCCAUACUGCCACAAGCCAUGCUAUGCUGCCCUCUAUGGACCAAAAGGUGUGAAUAUCGGGGGGGCUGGUUCAUAUGUCUAUGACACACCUGUCAAUGAUGACACUACCCCUGCCAUGGAAACCAAGCCGAAGGCUGAAGAGAAAAAGGCCACCAGGGGCCCAGUGAAGGCUGCAAGCUUCAGUUCGUUUUCUGGUCAGCCGAACGUCUGCCCCAGGUGCAACAAAACAGUGUACUUCGCUGAAAAGGUCAGUUCCCUGGGUAAAGACUGGCACAGGCCCUGUCUGCGCUGUGAGAGGUGCAGCAAGACUCUGGCUCCCGGCAGCCAUGCAGAGCACGAUGGCCAGCCAUACUGCCAUAAACCCUGUUAUGCUGUUCUUUUUGGGCCAAAAGGAGUGAACACUGGAGGUGUUGGCAGUUACAUAUACGAGGACCCAAACACUGAGAGCCAGUCCUAAGAACCACAACCACACCAGCAGUAUUAUCAGCAACCUUAGAUUCAAGCCUCUUGUCUGCUUCCUUUAAAUUCACUUCCUCUCUUUCGUGAAUCUGCACUGAUCUUGUUCAUUUACAGAGUGCCACUUAUAUACAAAUUGUACUAAAAUGAGCUAGUGUUACUAUUUACUAACAGGAAUAAUAUAUGUGUUUAGCCUUUUUGCUGUAUUUAUACAGUAUAUGGUUUCUAUAUUUUUAAGAAUGUUCUUAAGAUAUUGAUUUGUUUUUGACUGUGACAUUGAAUUACAGGUAACACAAGAAAAUUUUGUUCGGAAUGAACUGUUUUUUUUCAUUAGUUCUAACAUAUGUUUAGUUACUGUUGUCAGUAUAUGUUUUCUGAACUUUGCACUUAAGGUCUGUUUAUGUAUUAAACACUUUGUAUUUGAAAUUUAGAAAAAAAAAAUUGUUUAGUGCAUUGAAUUGUUUUGUUUCAUUUCACUUUUGGGAUAUUGGGGGGAUAUACUGCCUUAAAUGUAUAAGUG